AUGUCAGCGGAGCGAAUAUGUAAAGAGCAGGCUAAACCUCCUCCGGUGGUCCGCUGUGACAGAGGCAACCCAUGUGGUAACUGCCAGGAUACUAAUACUACAUGUUCUCGUCAGCGAGUCAUAAAACGAACCAGAAACCCCAUGCAGCUGGCGGUAAUGGAAAAUAGAGGUCGAACACGCCAGAAGUCACCUCAACCACCCUCAAAAUCUCAAGUUUCGCAAAGUUCGUCAUCCGGACUGCAUGAUUAUUCUGCAGCCACCUCCAACAGAUAUCCCAGACUGGACUAUCAACAGUCUCGUGGGUCAUCUCUGGGUCCCGAUAAACCUCUGUCGCUCCAUGAUGCUCAUGCCACCAUUCAGCAUCAUCUAGACCAUCUAGAAUGGCUUGCCAUUGACCGCCGCCAGAUCUUGGAAUCAGGGUUGAGCCUGGCUUCUCAACUCUCAGACAGUUUUGAGGACCCCGUGCACGUUGCCGGUGAUAUCACUGUGGAUGAAGAGCAAAUAGAGCCCCCUUCUGCUGAAUUAUUGACCUGGAUGUUAAAAGACCUCAAGGAAUCGAGACUUGGCUCCUUUGUACAAGAUUACUUCAGACAUAUAUCCGAAGCAACACUCGAGAACAUGGGACUCACUCUCAUUCAUAGGACUGGAUCACCUCAUGACUUGCUUAUCAACACUGUUUGUGUCAAUGCCAUUGCCUCUAAGUUUCUGAGUGCCAUCAGCAACGCUGGAAUUGACAGUGAAUUGAUCCACGAACUGACACACAGUGCGGUACAAUUCCAGCUGGCAGCAAAGGUAGCUCUUCAGGGCAUCUCUCUCUUGACGAGUCCUUCGCUCAGACUCUUACAGGCACUUCUUUCUGGUAUAUUUCUCCAUCAAGGAUCCGGGGACAUCACUACAUGUUGGGAACUUACCAAAGCUGCCUGCAGAGUGUGUAUAAGUCUGGGUCUUGACACUGUCAUAAAGGUAGGAGGCGCUUUGAGUGUAGAGCAGUAUUACUGUGUCGCUUGGUGCUAUAUACUGGAUAAGAACUUUGCUUUCAAAAUGGGAAGAUCCAAAACUUUGCUUGAGAUUGAACUUCCACACCUCAUUUCCGACCUACCUGGCCGUCAACACACUACUUCAGACCUUUUUCAAAUUUACAUGGGUCUUGCAAGGGCACAGGCUGCUCUCGUGCCGUACCUCAGGGGGCGUUCAUCGAUGUCGACAGGAGGUGGCUUAUUAUCUUCCCAUGAAGUCGGGAAACAUUGGUUGGUGAAUAUGCAGCAAAUUCAAGAGAGAAUAGAGCAUAUUUCACGUCCAUACCCAGCUUGGAAAGGGCUGGAUGCUCAAUCUGAGAUAGCAGCUCUUCAAUUCGCCCAUCAUUCGGUUAUGGUCACCAUCUUCCAUAUCAUUGAUGAUGUAGGAACCCAGUCAGUUGUACGGAAGCAGGGUUUGCUAGCAGCGCACCAAGGCAUAUCUUCUCUAGUGUCGAUAUGUAUAUCUGCCGAAAAGCAAAGCACCUUGGCAUUGUUACACUGGACACUUCUCGUCCACCCCAUCACCGCAUACUUCGUGCUAUUCUGCAAUGUCGUCGUAACAUCAGAUAUAGAUGACUUCAAACUUAUGAAAACGAUUGUCGAUUGCUUGACCCGCAUUGAGACAACAAGCCGUCCGAUCAUUCAAGUACGAACAAUCUUCCUCCACUUUCUAUCUCUCGCUGGAGGAGUUUUCAACGAUGAUGCACACUCAAUGGUGGUAGCUCAAGGUCAUCAAGUACAGCCAGUACAGUCUCAGUCAAAUGCUCUGCAACAUUGGGUGCCCGACAGGCUAUUUCUAUCCUCGGGAGCUGACACUGUUCCUCCUUUUAGCCCGUCUCUACUAGAUGGAAUGGGGAAUUUCUCGGAGAUGCCUCUUUGUCCAGAAAAUGAGAUUUUGAUGCCCUUUAGCGAUCACUUUUCUGGGCUCGGAAAUGAUCCUAACAUCUGA